AUGGAUAGUAUUAUCCGAUUCUUACUGCUAGCUGGUCUUACUGUGGCCAAGAAGCCUAACAUCCUCUUCAUAUUAACUGAUGAUCAGGGCAAGCAUGUGGGAGGAUUGGACCACAUGCCCAAACUGCAGGUAAGGAUUCAGAUUCAAUACAUAUACGAAAUAGAUGACAACUCACUCACUUCAAUUAAGGAGCACCUCGUUGAAAAAGGAGUGUCCUACCCCAAACACUACUGCUCAAUUGCACUCUGCUGUCCCUCCCGUGCAAAUCUAUGGACUGGACGCAUGCCCCACAAUACAAACGUAACAGAUGUCGCACUUCCUUACGGCGGUUACCCAAAGGUGGUAGAAGCUGGUUGGAAUGACAACUACCUACCUCUCUGGAUGCAAGAUGCAGGAUACAACACAUACUACGUCGGCAAACUAUGGAAUUCCCACACAGAAGACAACUAUAACAAACCAUACGCUCGCGGCUUUAAUGGGUCAGACUUCUUGCUAGAUCCCUGGACUUACCGCUAUUAUUAUGCUCGUAUGACCCGCAACGGAAACCCGCCUGUCAACUACAACGGCAAUUAUUCGACAGACGUUAUCUCCGAAAAAGCCUCUGGCUUUUUGGAUGAAGCAAUCGCGCAGGAUAGACCGUGGAUGCUAACUGUGGCACCAAAUGCACCACACGCGAAUGGCUCGACAGAUCCCACGAGUGGGGCAACAUGGUUCGGAGAGCCGGAGUUUGCAUCACGACAUGCGGAUUUGUUCAAAGACGUUCAAGCACCGAGAGAUGCGAGCUUUAAUAAGUUGAUUGAGGGUGCUGUGAGCUGGACGGAGGAUGUGCCGGAGCUCAACCAGACUGAGGUCGAUUAUAUUGAUGUUUUCCAACGGUGUCGCUUGCGGGCAUUGCAGGCCGUUGAUGGCAUGGUUGAAAGCUUGAUCAAUCAGUUGGAUAAGGCUGGCGAACUCGAUAAUACCUACAUCUUCUAUUCGACAGAUAAUGGGUACCAUCUUGGUCAACAUCGUUUGCAACCCGGGAAGAACUGUGGCUACGAAACUGAUAUUAAUGUCCCUCUUAUUAUUCGAGGUCCUGGAAUCCCUGAGAAUCAGACUUUGAAUGCUGUUACUAGCCACACGGACCUUGCUCCGACUUUCCUAUCCAUCGCCAACUCUACUAGAGAAGGGCUGGAUGGAAAGGCUAUUCCGACAACCGUCGAAGCUAGCAAUGCUGAUAACAAGACCGAGCACGUUGCCAUUGAGUACUGGGGCUUGGCGGUUCCAGAAGGAAUAUAUGGCUAUGCCAGCAACAAGCUAAAUGAAGUUGGCAACAGCUACAAAAACAACACAUACAAGGGAAUUCGCCUUGUCUCCGAUGACUACAGCCUUUAUUACGCAGUAUGGUGCACCAACGAGAAAGAAUUCUAUAAUCUCAAGGAUGACCCCGACCAAACAAUUAAUCUAGCAGCAAACCCAUCCCAGCAUGAAAAUUUCAAAAUCGCGAACCGCCAUCUCACACAGAUCAUGAGUCGUCUUGACGCGUUAAUGAUGGUCCUCAAGUCCUGUCAAGGAGACGAGUGUCGAUACCCGUGGCUCCAGCUCCAUCCUAAAGGGCAGGUUGAUAACCUCGCUCAAGCAUUGGUAUCUGGCUUCGAUACAUUCUAUGAGAAUCAACCUCAAGUUACGUUUUCGGCUUGCGAGCUUGGGUAUAUUGUUGCGUCGGAGGGUGCGCAGAAGUUUGAUGUGUAUGGCGGUGGGGCAAGGGAGAAAAGGUUCAAUGAUUUGCUUGAGUUGUUCAAGUGGUGA